UGGGUUCCAUAUUGGAACACAGCGACAACCCAUUUCACCAUGGCUUCUCUUCAUAGAAAGCAAGCUUAUCAUGCUUGCUUUCUUAUUAUUCUUUUUUUCUUCUUCUCUCUCCCAUCUAUCUCUGUCUCUAUCUCAGAAGUUGAAGCUUCAUAUCUUAUUCGUCGUCAACUAUUGACUCUAAAACAACAUGAUGAACUCCCCAAUGACUACAAAUACAAACUUGACAUUGCUGACACUUUUCCAAACGAGAGGUUGAAGAUGGCUUAUGUAGCCCUUCAAGCAUGGAAAUUAGCUAUUUAUUCCGACCCACAAAACAUGACUGCCAAUUGGGUUGGUGUCGAUGUUUGUUCUUACACCGGCGUCUUCUGUGCUCCGGCGCUUGAUAACCCAAACAUUGAGGUUGUGGCUGGCAUUGAUUUGAACCAUGGUGACAUUGCAGGGUACUUGCCUCCGGAACUUGGGCUUUUGACCGACUUGGCUCUCUUCCAUAUUAACUCUAACCGAUUUUGUGGGAUCAUUCCUUCUAGCUUCUCCAAGCUUGUACUCAUGUUUGAGUUUGAUGUCAGUAACAACCGCUUCGUUGGCCAUUUUCCUCUCGUUGUCCUGGAAUGGCCAAGUGCGAAGUACCUCGAUCUCAGGUACAAUGACUUCGAAGGAGAAAUCCCCUCCACACUCUUCACCAAGGAGUUUGACGCCAUCUUCUUAAAUAACAACAGAUUCAAUUCUCUAAUCCCUGAAACCAUUGGAAAUUCCACCGUGUCUGUUCUCUCCUUUGCCAACAACGAAUUCCACGGCUGCAUUCCUAGCACCAUUGGCCAAAUGUCUAACCUCAAUCAAAUUCUCUUCCUCGGCAACAAGCUCGGCGGCUGUUUCCCACCUGAGAUCGGAAACCUCGUCAAUCUCACAGUCUUCGACGUCAGCGGCAAUGGCUUCACAGGUCAAUUGCCGGAAUCCUUGUCUGGCCUCCAAAAUUUGGAGAUUUUGGACGUUAGCAACAAUGAGUUAAGGGGCUCUGUCUCUGCAGGCCUUUGCAAGUUGCCUAAAUUGGCUAACUUCACUUUCUCCUUCAAUUACUUUGAUGGGCAAGAUACAACGUGUGUUGCAUCUAAAGGAUCAGAGAAGGCCUUUAAUGAUGGCCAAAAUUGUUUGGCAAAUCGACCAGUGCAAAAAGAUGCAAACAAAUGUAGCACUGUCUUGAAGAAAUCAGUGGAAUGUGGCAAUUGUGGUGGUGGGUCGAGUUCUCCUGGUGUACCGUCGACUCCUGAGGAUCCAUAUGAUCAGUCUCAACCACCUUCAGUGGUCACCCCACCAUCUCCAAGUGAGACCUCUAUUCCAUCAUCACCACCAUCUCCAGUUGAGUCUACACCACCAACCUCGGUUCCAUUCUCACCACCUAUUUCAUCUCCGGUUGAAUCUCUCAUACCACCAGUUCACUCACCACCAACCCCAGUUUAUUCCCCACCACCACCUGUCCACUCUCCUCCACCACCAGUCCAUUCCCCACCACCACCGAUCUCUUCUCCUCCACCACCAGUUCACUCUCCCCCACCACCAGUCUCCUCUCCUCCACCACCAGUUUACUCUCCGCCACCACCAGUCUCCUCUCCUCCACCACCAGUUCAAUCUCCCCCACCGCCAGUUUCCUCUCCUCCACCACCAGUUCACUCCCCACCACCACCGGUCUCCUCUCCUCCACCACCAGUUCACUCCCCACCACCACCGGUCUCUUCUCCUCCACCACCAGUUCACUCUCCACCGCCACCGGUUCACUCCCCACCCCCACCGGUCUUCUCUCCUCCACCACCAGUUCACUCCCCACCAUCACCAGUCUCCUCUCCCCCACCACCACCGGUCUCCUCUCCCCCACCACCACCGGUCCCUUCUCCUCCACCACCACCAGUCUUCUCUCCUCCACCGCUAGUUCAUUCCCCACCUCCUCCUGUCCAAUCCCCACCACCACCCCUUGUUCAGUCUCCACCACCACGCGUUUACUCCCCACCACCACCAGUCCAAUUUCCACCACCUCCAACUUCAUCUCCUCCUCCUCCUCUCGAUUCUUCUCCACCGCCAUCAUUCGAGGAUGUGAUCCUUCCACCAAAUAUCGGUUUCCAAUACGCAUCACCGCCUCCACCAUUGUUUCCUGGCUACUGAGGAGUUUCAUCUCAAAUAAUCCCAAAUUUUAUUGAGAGCCAUUAGUUUCCUGACUACAUCUUCAUUUAUAGUCCUAUUUACCCCUUCAUAAAAAUUCAAAAUAUUAUUUCUUCCUUAUAUACAUUCUGACUUCUCUAAUCUUUAUUCUUUUACACUGAUGUAGCUUUUUCUUCUUGAAAUGAAGAGACAGAGUUUAUGUGUUUAA